AUGUACUUUCGAACUCACACUGGGGCCCCACCUGGCACCGGUGAGGGCCAGCGCGUCGGGGCGCCGCCGAGCUCCCCGCAGGUCGGGGUCCCCGGGGAUCCAGUGCAGAGACUGCAGAGCCCUCCGGCCCCGCAGCGUCAGCCGAGCCAGCGCUGCGUUCUUGAGCAUCCCAAUUCCCCUUCUGUUUUCGGGCCGGUGACGGCUGAGGGAGACGGCGACACCUGGGUGGAGGGGAGAGAGCAAGCAACGAAAGAGGAGUUCCUGCCUGCACCCCCGCCGCCUCUCACUUGGUACCUUCCGACUCCUCCGCCCCGCGGCUCGGGAAGCUUCUCCACAGAACUGAAAGAGCGGCGCGGUAGCGGGGAGGGGCCGGCGGAAGGGGCGGGCGGGCGCUGGGGGCGGGGCGGUCACGCCGCCCGUCCCGUGCCCGCUGAGUCACGUGCUUGCGUCGCAGCCAAUCGCUGGGCGGCGCUGUCCUGGGAGCGAGGAGGCUGUGGUGAGAGACGGACGGAGACCGGAGAUGUUUUCAAGCCCGGCCUCCGCGGCGUUCGUGGCGGUUGCAGCGGCGACGAAGACAACGACAGCGACGGCAACACCGAGGCACUCAUUCAGGGGGUAAACCCUCCUGCGCCGAUCGUGCCUCGGGUCCGUGAGGGUGAGGGGGGCGUGGCGACAGGCGAGGAGGAAGGAGGGGCGCGGUUUCGAGCCCCGUCCCCGGUGCUUGGGAGGAGACCCCUCAGUUCUGCGCUGCUCCCGUCCCCCCUCCCCAGAGCAAGAUAUUAUGGCAACCUUGGUGGAGCAGGUCUGUCAGUGCCAUUUUUCCAACAGCCAUUUGCUCUCUCUGUGUCUUUGUAUCACAUUCUGAAGCAAUUUCUAGAGAUUCCAAUGAAGAAGGCUUUGAAAAAUCAGUUUGGAAAAUACUGUUUAAAGUUCUACUAAAAGGUAAAGAAUUGUGUAAAACUACAGUCGUUUUUUACUUACAAUCUAAAAGAAAUAUAAUCCGUGGUUUGCAGGCUUCUUUUAAGACUAU